CAUCUUCCAUCUUUAAAGAUCAUGCAUGAAUCCUAUCAUUUGAGUGCAUCUUUGCCUCUUCCAAAGGAAACUCAAACUACCCACAUUAUACUUUUCCUAUUCCCUCACUCAUAAAUUGUUAUUUAGGGUUUUCUAUCAUAUAAACACCGUUAUAUUAUUCGGAAUAUCUAUGUUAUCUUACAACAUAGAAUCAAAACAGGCGAAUAAAGAUGAAGGCCAAAGCACCGCUGGUACUGGUGGUGGAAGUGGAAGUGGUGCGCGGAAAACAUCUUCGACAUUGAGGCCACCAGAAGAAAUCCUCAAGUGCCCAAGAUGUGAUUCGCCCAACACAAAGUUUUGUUACUACAAUAACUAUAGCCUCGCCCAACCAAGACACUUCUGCAAGGCAUGCAGAAGGUACUGGACUAAAGGCGGGGCUCUUCGUAGCGUCCCUAUUGGAGGCAGUUGCAGAAAGAACAAGAAGACAAAAUCUAGUUCUUCGAGGUUUUUAAUAGGAGAGUCUUCCUCCAAAAAUUCGUCUUCUGAUAUUGGAGGGAUGAAGUAUUAUGGUCUUUCUACCCUAGAUUUUAAUCUUGGUGGAUUAAGUAAUUACCCUCCUAGGGUCACAACUAACAACCAAUUGUCUUCUUCAUAUAAUGUUGACACAUCAAGUAAUCCUUCUUUUGUAAAUCUUGAUCCAUUAGGGUUUCAUUUGCCUUUUUCAUCAUUUCAUACUUUAAUGAAACAAGGAGAUCAUCAACAACAACAUAGUCAAAGUGGAGAAGUAGGGUUGGCAAAUUUGCAUGAAAUUCCUACAUAUAACCAACUUCAUCAUCACAAUACUGAUCUUGCUUCUUCUAUAGAGUCUUUAAGCUCUAUAAACCAAGAUUUACACUGGAAGCUUCAACAACAAAGACUAGCUAUGUUAUUUGGCGGUGGUGGUGGCAGUGACAAAGAAAGCGAUCAUCAACAACAGAAAAAACAAGUAGAUUUUGAACAACCGGCCGCUCAGAAAUUACAACCCAUUUUGUUUCAAAAUCUUGAGAUUUCAAAACCAGCACAAUCCUUAAUGGAUGGUGAUCCAAGAAAAGGUAUCGCGGGUGGUGCUAGUGGUUUGGCAACUGAAUGGUUCUUUGAUAAUAGUUAUGCGCCGGCCACGAAUAUCAAUCCGGAGACUUCAACCAAUAGCAACAGCGGAGGGAAUGAUCAAAAUGGAAGCAUAAAUAAUCAUUGGAAUGGGAUUCAAAAUUGGAAUCAGUUGAAUUAAGUACGUCCAUCUACUAAAAUUAAUUCCAUAUGAAGAAUAUUAUUAAGGUAGUUUAUCUUUUAAUUAACUCUUACUUGUAUUAUCAUGUCUUCUUUUUUACUUUAAUUAACAUUGGUUGUUAUUUAACCAAGCUAUGACGAGGAUUAAUAAGUUCU